GGCAAAAUCCCUUACUUUGGGGGCGUCAAUUUGUAAGAUUUUGUUUUUAAAUUUGUAAAGAAAUUGUUUAUUUCUUAUGAUUUCCUACAUUUUACACAAUCUAAAGGGUGUUUAUUUAAUUCGGUAACCUUUUUCACUGCAAAGAAAAUUCUUAUUUUUCGAAACUACAGGUAUAAGCAAAGCCAACUUUUAUUCAGAGAUACUUUGGUGUUUGGUCUUUCCAGCAUGCACUUCAGCCAUGCCCUCAGCUUUAAUGUUUAUGCUCCAUGCAAGUUGAUUUUCAUCGCUCACAAAAUCCGCUUGGUACCCCAACUUCAACCUCAAAUUUCAGGAUCCCUGUCACCAAUUGGUGUACUUUCCUUACUGUUCUGUAUCACCAAUUUUGUCAGUGUAAUUUUGGAUAUAACACAAUCUGCGAUACAAUCGUGAAGAGGAUGUGAUGAUGCAAUUCCUCACGUGGUCAAAAACCCAUUUGUUCAUAGCCUUUACGCAAAUUUAACACGGACGCCACCAUUUUUUUGCGACACAUGCUUUUGUUUUGUUACACUGUAAGUUUUGUGACCACAUAAUACAGAUUCGACCAUAGUUUUCAGCACAAUAGGAUGUUCAUGCCCGAUUUUCAUUUAUUUCAUUUUACACUUUUCCAAUCUCUCGGACAAUUUGGACAAAAACUUCAAGUUUUCUCAUGAAGUUUAACAAUAGUCAUUGUUUUUCUGGUAGAUGGGACCCUUCUGGGUUGCUUAGGUCGUUUUUCAUUCUUGACAAAAUUUUCGUUUCUACACACGCAAGUAAUUUUUCCUGUGCAUUAAAAUUGUGCGGGAUUUUUUUGGCGCUUUAAAUUUCCCCUUUCGAAGACCCAAAAUGCUAUGAUGCUUAUAAUUAGCACAUAGCCUCAUUCCGCCCAUGGUAAAAAUGUCAAACAAAAUAAUUAACGGAAUCAAAAAUUAAAGCCGAUUUUGUAUAGAACGCGUGACAAAAUAUGUAUGAAAUAAACACCCUUUACAUAAAUACUAUUUAUGAACUUGUAAAAAAUGGUUUAUGUAGAUACAUUGACAUUAUAGUAUACGGCAAAAAUUAUUACGGGCGAUGACAGGACCGAUACAAUCUGGAGGGGUGGAUGCGACAAUACUGAAAUGACGAACGAUAAGCCCAAACUUAAUUAAUUUGUGAGAUAAGUCGCUCAGCCACACAGUUUUGCACACACCCCUCUCUCGAAAACUUGAUGAUAUGUUCUACACAAUAUUGUGACCAUUAAGCAGACUCGUGGUGAUUAAAAUUAAACAAUUGUUGAAACCAGGGAUGGUAUCAUACGUAGGAAUGUGUGUCUGCGGUUAUCUCAAAAAAUUAUCGUGUUUCGUGCAGAUCAAGUUGAGGUCGCGUGAUCACUUGCGCAACUUGACUUUCAAUUAAGGCUUGAUUAUAUUAAAUAUAAUAAUUACAAUUUGAAGUUUUAUAAAUCAUGCUGUAGCGGAGAAUCACUGUCCAGUUGUUGCCGAGUGUCGGGUUACAAAACACUGCUCCCCAAUUUAAAUAAUUUGCUAAAAAUGAGGCGCACUUUGGCUGCUGCCCGCAAUAUUAUUGUUUUCGCCUUACUUUUGGUAGUGCGUAAUUGUCACGGAAAACCAGGACAGCAAGGGACAUUGAGUGCCUUGAAGGACUGUAUUGUCCAGGCUGGAUCGAAUGCUUCCGACAUCGUGGAACACGAUGGUCCCGAUUAUGCAAAAUACUCUGAGCUAAAUUAUCAAUGGAAUCUUAUCCAUGAAAAAAAGUUUCCUGUCGCUUAUUUUGUGGUGAGAAGUGUGACAGAUGUUCAAAAUGCGGUUAGGUGCUGUACUGCACAGUCCGUCAGGAUAGUAGCAAAGGGUGGUGGCCACUCAUACGAGGCAUACUCCUUUGGGGAUAGCACAGCUCUGAUAGUAGACCUUCAAGCCCUGCAUGAGCUCGUUGUCAGCCCGGAUCGUCAAUCAUUUACCAUCGGGUCGGGAGCCCUUCUCGGCCAACUAGCUUACCCACUUCUUGAAGGAUACAACUUGGUCACACCGCAGGGAACCUGUCCAACAGUUGGGAUUGUCGGGUUAGCCACUGGAGGAGCCAUCUCAUCGCAUAUGACGACAUUUAGACAUUAUAUUUCAUCCUCGAGGAGACAGUUCAAGGCGUGCAGGACAUCAUCAUAGAAAUGUAUGCUUUUGGGGGUGCCAUUGAUGACAUGAGUUCCACCCAGGAUACCGCUUUUAACCACCGACACGGAAACCUAUACCUGGUCCAAGCAUUCUUCAAUGGGAAGGGUACCAUGAAUCCAAACCACCCAUCGAUCGCCUGGCUUAACCGAUUCUACGAGAUAACGACGCAAGUCUACCGCCACACGGAGGCGUAUCAAAAUUAUGCCGAUGCAACAUUGACUGACCAUCUGCAACGAUACUAUGGCUCAAAUCUUGACCGAUUAAUUCAAGUUAAACGAAAUAUUGAUCCCAGAAAUAUUUUUCGCCACCCGCAAUCAAUUCCUGUAUAACCAGUCAAAAUUGUCGUUGUCACGUUAUAGUUAAAUUUUAUCAAAACUUUACUUAUAUUGCUUUCGAAAUUGAAAUUUUUUGAGUUAGUCUGAUUGAGAUAAAUACGGGUGACACACCAUUACGUAACCUGCUGAAUAGCAUUGAUGAUAGUAAUUUAGUAAUGAUGUAAAUAUCGUAAUUGUUGGCAAGAGAAAAUAAAUAUAUGAGCAAGCAA